AUGGAUGAACAGAGUGUGGAGAGCAUUGCUGAGGUUUUCCGGUGUUUCAUUUGCAUGGAGAAAUUGCGGGAUGCGCGCUUGUGUCCCCAUUGCUCCAAGCUCUGUUGUUUCAGCUGCAUUAGGCGCUGGCUGACAGAGCAAAGAGCCCAGUGUCCUCAUUGCCGUGCUCCACUCCAGUUACGAGAACUAGUAAACUGUCGUUGGGCAGAAGAAGUAACGCAGCAACUUGAUACUCUUCAACUCUGCAGUCUUACCAAACAUGAAGAAAAUGAAAAGGACAAGUGUGAAAAUCACCACGAAAAACUUAGUGUAUUUUGCUGGACUUGUAAGAAGUGUAUCUGCCACCAGUGUGCACUUUGGGGAGGAAUGCAUAGUGGACAUACCUUUAAACCUUUGGCGGAAAUUUAUGAGCAGCAUGUUACUAAAGUGAAUGAAGAAGUAGCCAAACUUCGUCGACGUCUCAUGGAACUGAUCAGCUUAGUUCAAGAAGUGGAAAGAAAUGUAGAAGCUGUAAGAAAUGCAAAAGAUGAGCGUGUUCGGGAAAUCAGAAAUGCAGUGGAGAUGAUGAUUGCACGGUUAGACACACAGCUGAAGAAUAAGCUAAUAACACUGAUGGGUCAGAAGACAUCUCUGACACAAGAAACAGAACUGUUGGAAUCCUUAGUUCAGGAAGUAGAGCAUCAGUUGCGGUCUUGUAGUAAGAGUGAAUUGAUAUCUAAGAGCUCAGAGAUCCUCAUGAUGUUUCAGCAAGUUCAUCGAAAGCCUAUGGCAUCCUUUGUUACCACUCCUGUUCCACCAGACUUUACAAGUGAAUUGGUACCAUCUUAUGAUUCGGCUACUUUUGUUUUAGAGAAUUUCAGUACUCUGCGCCAGCGAGCAGAUCCUGUUUACAGUCCGCCUCUUCAAGUUUCAGGACUUUGUUGGAGGUUAAAAGUUUACCCAGAUGGAAAUGGAGUUGUUCGUGGUUACUACUUAUCUGUAUUUCUGGAACUUUCAGCUGGCUUGCCAGAAACUUCCAACAUGUGCUGCUGCACUCAAUAUGCCAGCAAAUUUGGAAAACUCAAGUGGCCACAGGACUGGAAAAGAUAUGAAUAUCGUGUAGAGAUGGUUCAUCAAUCCUGCAAUGAUCCUACCAAAAAUAUCAUUCGAGAAUUUGCAUCUGACUUUGAAGUUGGAGAAUGCUGGGGUUAUAAUAGAUUUUUCCGUUUGGACUUACUUGCAAAUGAAGGAUACUUGAAUCGACAGAAUGAUACAGUGAUUUUAAGGUUUCAGGUUCGUUCACCAACUUUCUUUCAAAAAUGCCGAGACCAGCAUUGGUAUAUCAGUCAGUUGGAAGCUGCACAAACUAGCUACAUCCAACAGAUAAAUAACCUUAAAGAGAGACUUACUAUUGAGUUGUCUCGAACUCAGAAAUCAAGAGAUUUGUCACCACCAGAUAAUCAUCUUAGCCCCCAAAAUGAUGACACUCCUGAGACACGAGCUAAGAAGUCUGGAUCAUGUGCUGACAUGCUUCUCCAGGAUGGUCCUACGACAGCUUCUGUACGGGAGGUCAAGGAGGAUGAAGAAGAUGAGGAGAAGAUUCAGAAUGAAGAUUAUCAUCAUGAGCUUUCCGAUGGAGACCUGGACCUGGAUCUCGUUGGGGAAGAUGAAGCGAAUCAGCUCGAUGGCAGCAGCUCCUCCGCCAGUUCCACAGCCACAAGCAACACCGAAGAGAAUGACAUUGACGAAGAGACAAUGUCUGGAGAGAAUGACGUGGAAUACAACAACAUGGAAUUGGAAGAGGGGGAACUCAUGGAAGAUGCAGCUGCAGCAGGACCUCCAGGGGGUGACCAUGGCUAUGUGGGUGCCAGCAGCAGAAUGUCACGACGAGCACACUUGUGCUCUGCUGCCGCCAGUAGUUUAUUAGACAUCGACCCUUUAAUUUUAAUACAUCUCUUGGACCUUAAGGACCGGAGCAGUAUGGAAAAUUUGUGGGGCUUACAGCCUCGGCCCCCUGCUUCACUUCAGCCCACAGCAUCGUAUUCUCGAAAAGAUAAAGACCAAAGGAAGCAGCAGGCAAUGUGGCGAGUUCCCUCUGAUUUAAAGAUGCUGAAAAGACUCAAAACUCAAAUGGCUGAAGUUCGAUGUAAAACUGAUAUAAAGAACACACUUUCAGAAAUAAAAAGCAACAGUGCUGCAUCUGGAGACAUGCCAGCAAGCCUCCUUUCUGCUGACCAGGCAGCUCUGGCCGCAUGUGGGACCGAAAACUCCAGCAGGUUACAGGAAUUGGGAAUGGAGCUCUUGGCAAAGUCCUCAGUUGCCAGUUGUUACAUACGAAACUCCACAAAUAAGAAGAGUCAUUCACCCAAGCCUGCUCGGUCCAGUAUAGCAGGGAGUCUGUCUCUUCGAAGAGCAAUAGACUCUGGGGAAAAUAACCGUUCAAAGGGGGACUGUCAGACUCUAGCUGAAGUCUCCCCAGGAAGCUCUCAGUCUGGGAGCAGGCACAGUUCUCCCCGAGCCUUGACCCAUGUCAGUAUCAGUGACAUUCUGCCGAAGUCUGAAGAUCGGCAGUGUCAAGCUUUGGAUUCAGAUGCUGUCGUCGUUGCAGUUUUCAAUGGCAUACCUGUUGUUGAAAAAAGAAGAAAAAUGGUCACCUUGGGGACUAAUACUAAAGGAAGUCGUCUGGAAGGAAUGCAAAUGACUGAUUUGGAAAAUAACUCGGAAACUGGGGAGCUACAGCCUGUUCUACCUGAAGGAGCUUCUGCUGCCCCAGAGGACGGAAUGAGCAGCGACAGCGACAUCGAGUGUGACACCGAGAGCGAGGAGCGGGAGGAGCGCGCCGGCCUGGGCGGCUUCAGCGACGCUUUCCUGGCGCAGCCCCCAGAUGAAGAUACACAUUCUGGUUUUCCUGAUGGUGAACAAAUAGGCCCUGAAGAUCUCAGCUUCAGUACUGAUGAAAACAGUGGAAGGUAAUUUUCAAAUCAAGAGAACUGACUUGCAAGCCUC